CCAUGCCCCGCCAGCUACCCCCUCCAUCAGCCAGCGCCCUCUCCCGCAUGCUAUAUGUCUCAGACCAACGCACUGCCAAACGGAACUCCACGAAGCCGCAGAAACCCACCGUAGAAGCACUCAAGGAACAAAGCAACACCGUCAAACGCGCCGUCCGCGCGUUCACAGACUAUUGCGACGCGUACAGCGUCCCCGCGGACGCGCGGCUGCCCGCGUCGGAGCUUCUUCUAGUCUUGUACGCGUCGGAGGCGCUGCUGGACGCUGCCCUGUCGAACCUAGAGGGUCCGUCCGACCCGCCGGUAGAGCAGGAACAAGGACAAGACGCGAAGAGCCAGAUCGCGGCGCUCAGAGCGUGGCACGCGCAUAACGGCGCGGUGUGGCGCGGCGGGGAGCAGCCGAAGCUUGUUUUGCGCGGGCUGGACAAUAUCGUGAACAGGGCGCGCGCCGAUGCGCGUCAAAGCAAGGCCCUCACGGGCACACCUGGAUCCGGAUAUCCCGAGCUGAGUGUCAUAUAG